AUGGAAGAGAAUACGGAACUAUUCAAUAGCGAAUUAAAUCAGGAGUUGUCUAAAGUUUGUGAAGAAAUGGAGAGGGGUCAACUGUUCGAUUCGUCAUACGAUGAUGAGUUGUAUCAUUACUGUGCGAUGGUUGAAACACAGUUUAACAGUCAACCACUACAACUUGGAAGAGGAACGAAGCGAACGUGCAGCAAAGAAUCCAAGAUCAUCAAAAAACCAACAACGGAAGCAGAAGCGCAUACCUCUGCAGGGAACAGUAUCAGUAACGAUGAUCAAGUGGAAUGUCCAACGUGCCAUAUAUUUAUCAAGAAACGGUAUUUAGCUAAUCAUUUUAAAAGUAAUGUUCAUAAAAAUAAUCUUUUAAAUUCACAUAAUUCUUUAUCAAACGUUAGUGUUAUUGAAUCUGCUUUUGGAAAUAGGAUUUUAACUUAUAAAAUCAAGAGUAGAGUAGAUCGUUCGACAUGGGUAAAUUUUGAAACUCCUGAACUAUUUUUAAAUUCUAUUAAAGAUGAUAUUUUAUUUUUAUUACAAGAGUGUAUUCAUCAACACAUAAUUUUUAAGGUAAACUUCAUAUUGCAUGCUGAUUUUGUUCAACAAACUAAAGAUAUUCAUGAUACGUUCGAUUUUCAAACGCUUAACUAUAUUAUUUGUCAAGGAGAUGACUUAAAUAUUUUUCUUUCAUCUUUAAAUGAUACAAUUACUACUAAAAUUAGUGCUUUCGAAAAAAAAAGAUAG